AUGACCAGAAUCACCCUUUCCGUAGCGCUCGUUUCGGCUUUGCUCGCCAGCAGCGUUUCUGCUCAACAGCCUACAGGCACCGGCAACGGUCCCGACCCACGUGCUACCACCGACCUGAACCGCAACCAGCCCACCAAGACGUGGUCGCAAUGGCAGCCCAAAGCCACGUACGCCGUUUCGGAGCUUCCGGAUCAGUACAUGGGUUCCAACCGAAUCCAGUCCGGCGAAGGUGGAACUCCCGGUGGUGAGCCCCAGUCGGGUUACAACACGUGCGCUCGCAACACUUGGAACCAGGACUCUCGUUGUCAGACGGCGUACCUCAACUCGCUCGAAGACUUCUGUCUCUGGGGACCUGCCGAGUACGGUACCGUCGGUGAGAAGGAGCGUCAGGGUGUCGCUUACUGCACCACCGAUCGACACGGAACGCGUCUCAUUCCUGACGGCACCAUCGAGGGAGCUCACUUUGUCAGGACGAGGGACUACGUUCAGGUGACCGGUGUGGGUGACUUCACCAGCAUUUUGAUCCCCGAAGGUGACGAUGGAGGAGAGUUCGACCCUCACGGUGCCGACGAUCUGGGUAACCCUAUCGGAGGUAUCCUCUACACCACUGCCAAUCCGGCGUCCAACGGCGAACCGUUCUUCAUCAGCGAGUGGACCAACUUCAUGUCGUACAACCAGUUCUGCAUCCGUGCUUGCUGGGGUGAACAGGCGGCUGCCCAGUGCGAGCAUAUCUACGACGUCAUGGGAUGCAGGUGGAACAUCCCCGCCAACUACGAGCCGGGUGUGUUCGAGACCUGCGACGGUGACAUUGCUAUGCUCCAAGGUAGGUACGGCAGCUCGACGUUCCGUCAAGGCGACCCCGUCACACCUUCGGCUCACCCCGCUCCCUCGAGCAGCCAGUGCUCGACCGUUCGAUCCAUCAGCCACGGUUUGCUCGCCGUCGGCGCAUCUGCAAGCACCUCGUCCGCCCCCGCCGCUUCGUCCACCGCAUCGGGUGCUUCGAGCGCAGCAGCCGCUGCUUCGUCGAGCAUGUCCAGAGUCACCAGCGGAGCUGGUGCGGCUGCUACCAGUGUCGGCUCCGGAACCUCCUCCGGCAGCUCCGGUAGCAGCUCCAACACGCAAAACAACGCAGCUUCCGGUGCCACCAGCCUCACCGUCUCGUUCGGUCUCGCCGGUCUCGUCGCCAUCGGUGCUGCCGCUUUUGCUCUCUAA